AUGUGCUUAAUGAUCUAUUAAGUAAUCACAUCAUCAUAUUUGCCUUACAUUUAUCCAAAAUUAAAUAAAUUGGAUUUGAGUUCAGGAUAAUUUUGUACAAUAGCCAUUUUCUUAGCAGCUGUUUAAUAUAUUUGUGAAUAGUAAGGAGAUAAAUCUUAGCAAAAAUUUUGUAAAUCUUAAUAGUCCUUAUGUGCUUUAAAUUUAGUUUUCCAUAUCUUUUUGAGAUUAUCUCUUCUUCUUCUGAAAAAUACAAAUAAAAUUUUUUGA